GUGCUCUCUUGUGGGAUAUUUAUAAUACCAGCAUACUGCUGUACUACUGCUGCACUGAUAGUUAGCCUAUACCUAUAACAUUUCGUUACGUUUCGUGCUGUUCGUUUUAUGAACAGGUGGUGAUUGAUAUUAUGGAUUUUGAGCUAGAACUAAUUUCACCAUUCAAUGGCAUUGAGCCUUCAGGUGACUAUUCUGAAUCUACACAGGAACUGUUGAAAUUAGUGACUACUGGAAAAUAUAAAGAAUGUAUAAUUCACAUCAAAAACACAGUUUCCUUUCUCAAUUUAACUUCUAUGGAAGACAUAUAUCAAUUGAAGUUUUUGGCGAGACAAUACCUAACAGAUGAUGAUGAAUCUCUAAGGAAAGAAAUCGAAAUUCUGUGCUAUGGAGUUUCAUGCCUUCAAUUGUUUGUUAUCAAUAACUGGACUGGACCUGAAUCAUCAGAUUUGACGUCGUUGUUAUUCACUAAUUUUGAUUCUGUGGAUAUAAAAGAAAGAAUAUUGCAGGAACUUGAUGUUGAUGGAGAAAAUGUAUAUGCUCUCAUUGCAGACCCGAUUCUACUUUAUAUUGCUAUGAUAUUAUUUCAACAAUUUGAUUUGUUUCAUCACCUACAGACUGCAAAAUGGUGGUGUUUACGAUAUAUAUCAAUACAUCAGCAGUUGAUACCGGAACGUUCUCCUACUCUUCAUGAACUCUCUAAAGCUUUGAUCCAGAAUUUCAGCCAACAGGACUUUUUAGAAAGCGAACAGAAUAGAUCAUACAAAAUUCAAUUUUACCUGGAGACUGGAUUACUCCAAUUAUUUUAUUAUCAAUACAAAGAAGCUGAACAAAGUUUCCAAACAGCUACAGCCUUGUGUGGAAUUGAAUGCUCACUUGAUGGUGCUCUCGGUGUGCGAACCAGGUUCCAAGAGAAAUUGAUUGCACAGCUUCGAGUGCAAAUCAACAGAACAAGAAAUGAUAAACUGAUUACAAAAGCACCUACUUUGACUGAUGAAGAUAUUCCAAAGGCUUUACCUCUAAAUGAUGACACUCUCCUUGAGGCGGUCAAGUAUUCUGAGGAAGAAGUUGAUGAAAAUCAAAAUCUUAUUCCAGAGGAGCAAGCAGUGAUAUUGAUGAUGUGCACAAAAAUGCAGAAAACGUCUGCCUCUCACAAACUCAAAGAUGAACAAAUAAAAUGUGUUAUUGAGUACCUUCUAUCCGAUCCGAAAUCAUGGUCAAUUCACACAGAAUCAUUGAGAGUUCGAUGCAUUCAUGAAAAACAUAAAUCAAGAACAGUAGAAAGGAGUAUGAUGCAACUAGAAUCGCUUGUGAAAAAUAUUUCUUUAAAAUCAAAAUGUUCUGAUGACAAUCAUCAUCUUGCGUCAUUGAAGAGGUUGUCACUAUUCUACAGCGUUUGGCCAAAACCAAAGUGGAUAAUGGAGAAACAACUUGCAAUGUUGUAUGAAAGUCUGGGUGUCCGUGCCAGUUCACUAGAAAUUUAUAUGAGAUUGCAUAUGUGGGAAGAAGCAAUCGUUUGUCUGAUAUCAACAGAGAGAGGGCACGAAGCUGAGGAAUUAAUAAGAAAACAACUUGCUAUCAAGGAGACCGCGAACUUGUAUUGCUUGCUGGGAGAUAUAUUACUGGAUCCAGACCUUUACUUGAAAGGAUGGGAUAUAUCGAACCAGCGCAGUGCAAGAUCAAUGCGAUCACUUGGUGCUUACAAAAUAUCAAAGAAACUAUACAAGGAAGCCAUAGAAUGCUUUGAAAAGUCACUGGCGGUCAACUAUCUACAGACUGGUACAUGGUUCAGUAUGGGAUGUGCGGCACUUGCAUGUGAAGAUUUUGAUAAAGCAGCGAUGGCUUUCCAGAGAUGCGUCAGUCUUAAUUGGGAUAACUUUGAAGCAUGGACAAACUUAGCAGUUUCUUUUGUGAGAGCAAAUAAAAAGGAUCAAGCAUAUAAGGCUCUAGUUGAAGCUUUAAAAUGUAACUACGAUCGCUGGGAAUUAUGGGAAAAUUUUCUUUUUGUCAGUGCUGAUACUGGACAUUUUUCUGAUCUCAUUCGUGCAUAUAACAGAUUACUCGAUCUCAAGGACAAAUAUGUUGACAUACCGGUCUUAAAAAUAUUAGUUCGUGCCAUGAAUGAAGAUAUUCUAGGUUCAAACAAUGUUCCAGCUUCAAAACUGAAACAGAAAGCAUUGACUCUGUUCGGUCGUCUCACAAGUAAGACAACAAGCAACUGGGAGGUUUGGUCACUUUAUGCUAAAGUCCUAGGUAAUGGAACAGGUGGUGAAAACAAAGAUGAAAAUGCUAAAGCUCUAACAUUCUUGCAAAAAUCACUGCGUUCUGCUCUGCAACGACCAUCUUGGGAAAAAGAUUCAAAAUCGGCAGAACAGGCAGUUACACUCUGCAUUGAAGUUAUUGAUGCUUGUUCAGUGUGUCAUAAGCAGGAGAACAUGAAUGAAGGAGAAUUUAAGUCAAUGAUUACUUCCACGAGACUUUCAAUCAAUGGAGUCAAAGCAAAACUUAGGGUACAAGAGGAAGAUUUGUUGAAUGAAGAAUCAAAACUAGAGUUUGCAAACUUGGCUCAAAAAGUUGAAGACAAAUUGCAGAUAUUGAAUGAAUUAAUGUCAACUUCAAGCUGACAAUGUUAAAAAUAAACUUGUUAACAAGAAUAUAUGCUGUUCAAUUCUGUGUA